UCACCACGGCACGGACCUUCCAGAGAUCGGCAAGAGAGGCCCAAGAUGAGAGCCCUGGGAGCUAUCGUCACGCUCCUGCUGUGGGGACAGCUUUUUGCUGUGGACUUGGGCAAUGACGCCAUGGAUACGACUGAUGACAGCUGCCCAAAGCCCCCGGAGAUCCCAAAUGGCUACGUGGAGCACUUGGUUCGCUAUCGCUGCCGCCAACACUACAGGCUGAGGACUAAAGGCGAUGGAGUGUAUGCCUUAAACAGCGAGAAGCAGUGGGUGAACGCAGCUGCCGGAGAGAGACUCCCCGAAUGUGUGGCAGAGUGUGGGAAGCCGAAGCAUCCUGUGGACCAGGUGCAGCGCAUCAUAGGUGGUUCUCUGGAUGCCAAGGGCAGCUUUCCUUGGCAGGCCAAGAUGGUCUCCCGCCAUGAACUCACCACGGGGGCCACCCUGAUCAGUGACCAGUGGCUGCUGACCACGGCCAAAAACCUCUUCCUGAAUCACAGUGAGAGUGCCACAGGCAGUGACAUUGCCCCGACCUUAAAACUCUACGUGGGCAGACAGCAGGAGGUGGAGAUUGAGAAGGUGGUUGUCCACCCCAACCGCUCUGUGGUAGACAUUGGGCUAAUCAAGCUCAAACAGAAGGUGCUUGUCAAUGAGAGAGUGAUGCCCAUCUGCCUGCCAUCCACGGACUACGUGGCCACAGGCCGCAUGGGCUAUGUGGCUGGCUGGGGGCGGAACGCCAACUUUAGAUUUACUGAUCGCCUCAAGUACGUCACGCUGCCGGUGGCUGACCAGGACAGCUGUGUGCGGCACUAUGAGGGUAGCACAGAGCUCGAGAAGAAGGUCCCCAAGAGUCCUGUUGGGGUACAGCCCAUCUUGAAUGAACAUACCUUCUGCGCUGGCAUGACCAAGUUCCAGGAAGACACCUGCUAUGGCGAUGCUGGCAGUGCCUUUGCCGUUCACGACCUGGAGCAGGACACCUGGUAUGCAGCCGGGAUCCUGAGCUUCGAUAAGAGCUGUUCCGUAGCUGAGUACGGCGUGUAUGUCAAGGUGAACUCCAUCCUGGACUGGAUUCAGGAAACCAUGGCCAGGGAAUAGUGCAGGGCUGACGGGAAGGCUCCACUCAGUCAGACAGGCUGAGAGCAUUGGUCACCAUGGACGAGGGGGCGGUGCAGGGACAGGACAUGAUCUGAGGGGUGCUAGCCCUGCACUGCUCAGUCAAUAAAAAAGAACUUGCUUAUGA